UCCAAAAGCUCAUCCCCUCCUCAAUUAAAACCGCAGAUCUACACUGACCUAAUCUCUCUCUCUUUCUCCUUCGCUCCACCUUCGACGCGCCUCCGCCGCUCCGUUACUCAGCUAGCAGCAGAGAUGUUCGGGAGAGCGCCGAAGAAAAGCGAUAAUACCAAAUACUACGAGGCAUUGGGAGUGCCGAAGAAUGCUUCGCAGGACGAUCUGAAGAAGGCGUAUCGCAAAUCCGCGAUCAAGAAUCAUCCCGAUAAAGGCGGAGAUCCGGAGAAGUUUAAAGAGAUUGCCCAAGCCUAUGAAGUACUGAGUGAUCCGGAGAAGCGUGAGAUCUAUGAUCAGUAUGGUGAGGAUGCUCUCAAGGAAGGAAUGGGUGGCGGUGGUGGUGGAGGCCACAACCCCUUUGACAUCUUUGAGUCCUUUUUUGGCGGUGGCAAUCCAUUUGGAGGCGGUGGAAGUAGCAGAGGUAGGAGGCAAAGAAGGGGUGAGGAUGUUAUUCAUCCUCUCAAAGUUUCUCUGGAUGACUUGUAUAAUGGAACAUCAAAGAAGCUGUCUUUGUCCCGCAAUGUACUCUGCCCCAAAUGCAAGGGGAAGGGGUCAAAAUCUGGAGCUUCAUUGAAAUGUUCUGGUUGUCAAGGAUCUGGAAUGAAAGUGUCUAUUAGACACCUUGGCCCUUCUAUGAUUCAACAGAUGCAACAUCCUUGCAACGAGUGCAAGGGUACUGGUGAAACCAUUAGCGACAAGGAUCGCUGCCCUCACUGCAAGGGUGAGAAGGUUAUGCAAGAAAAGAAGGUUUUGGAAGUUGUGGUUGAGAAGGGCAUGCAGCACGGACAGAAAAUCACGUUCCCAGGCGAAGCUGAUGAAGCGCCUGAUACUGUCACUGGAGAUAUAGUCUUCGUACUUCAACAAAAGGAGCAUCCUAAGUUCAAGAGGAAGGGUGAUGAUCUUUUUGUUGGGCAUACAUUGACACUAACCGAAGCACUAUGUGGCUUCCAAUUUAUAUUGACUCACUUGGAUGGCCGCCAGCUCCUCAUUAAAUCCGAACCUGGGGAAGUUAUCAAACCUGACCAAUCCAAGGCGAUCAACGAUGAAGGGAUGCCAAUGUACCAGAGGUCAUUCAUGAAAGGAAAAUUGUAUAUUCAAUUCACCGUUGAAUUCCCUGAUAUGUUGAGCCCGGAGCAAAGCAAAUCCCUGGAGGCUGUACUGCCCCCAAGGCCUACAACCAAGCUGACGGAUAUGGAAAUAGACGAAUGCGAGGAGACUACCCUGCAUGACAUAAAUAUGGAAGAGGAGAUGCGCAGAAAGCAGCACCAGCAGGCCCAAGAGGCAUAUGAUGAAGACGAUGACAUGCCGGGAGGCGCUCAGAGAGUGCAGUGUGCCCAGCAGUAAUGACUACUCGGUAUCGCUAUCUCUUUUCCUUUCCGGGGAUGGCUUGUUUUUUUCGCAAGUUAGAAAAGACCAUACUAUAUUCUUCAGUUGAUUGAUGUGUAUUAGGAAUUAUCUGUUUUCAAAAAAUUGGUAUUGCAAUCUUAAAUCUAUUUCAUUUCA